AUGGCACCCAAAUUGAGCGAGGAUGACAUCGACGACCUCAUCUAUUUCGCACGGGCCGGCGAAGUCGCAGAUCUCAACGAGUCACUAGCAACACUAUCAUCACGCGAGGGCGUGUCCCCAGCCGAGAUCAUAACAGCAGCCAAGGACGAGGGAAAGUCCACAUGUCUCCACAUGGCAACAGGCAACGGCAACAUAGAAAUCGUCAAGAUCAUCCUCAGCCACUUCGCAGACCGGCCAAGGGAGGAGAAGCAAGGCCUGCUGGACGCCCAGAACGAGUUCGGCAACACGGGCCUGCACUGGGCCGCGCUGGGGGGCCACCUGGAGCUGGUGAAGCUGCUGGUCGCCGAGGGGGCGUCGCCCGCCGUCGCCAACGACAAGAACUACGUGCCGCUGGACUCGGCGAGCUUCGGCGAGAAGCACGACGUCGUGGACUUCUUCCUGGCGCAGAUGGAGAAGCUCGAGACCAAGAACGCGGACGCGGGGCUCGACGAGGCUGCUGGGGGGCUCGAGGUGAGUGGGGGCGGUGGGGAUGGGGAGGAGGAGGAGGAGUUUGUGAUGAGGGCUGGGGUUACAGAGGACGGUAAGGGCGGCAGUGCUUCAUGA